UACAAUAUCGUACGGACUUCGACGCAAUGGCUCGUACUAAGCAGACUGCCCGUAAAUCGACUGGAGGAAAGGCUCCGAGGAAACAGCUGGCUACCAAGGCCGCUCGUAAGAGUGCGCCAGCAACAGGAGGAGUUAAGAAGCCACAUCGUUACAGGCCAGGAACUGUAGCUCUUCGUGAGAUACGUCGUUACCAGAAGAGCACUGAGCUUCUCAUCCGUAAACUGCCCUUCCAACGACUCGUUCGUGAGAUCGCCCAGGACUUCAAGACCGACUUGAGAUUCCAGAGCUCAGCUGUGAUGGCUCUUCAGGAAGCCAGCGAGGCCUACCUCGUCGGUCUCUUUGAAGACACCAACCUCUGCGCCAUUCACGCCAAGAGAGUCACCAUCAUGCCCAAGGAUAUCCAGCUGGCUCGUCGUAUUCGAGGAGAGAGAGCUUUUCGUGAACACUGCCAUUUGACGAAAAUGCCACCCAAGGCUAGCGGUAAAGCUGUGAAGAAGGCUGGAAAAGCCCAGAAGAAUAUCACCAAGUCCGACAAGAAGAAGAAGCGUAAGAGGAAGGAGAGCUACGCUAUCUACAUCUACAAAGUCUUGAAACAAGUCCACCCUGACACCGGAGUGUCUAGCAAAGCCAUGAGCAUCAUGAACUCGUUUGUAAACGACAUCUUCGAACGCAUUGCUGCGGAAGCAUCGAGAUUGGCUCACUACAACAAGAGAUCAACCAUCACUUCUCGGGAAAUCCAGACAGCUGUUCGUCUGCUCCUUCCCGGAGAGUUGGCUAAACACGCUGUGUCUGAAGGCACCAAGGCUGUUACCAAAUACACCAGCUCAAACUCUCUCUCCUCGAAUACGACGAGCCAGCUGGAUAUCCUUAGGCAUGAUGGUGACUCUUUUGGCGUGAAUGGCGCAGAGGUUGGUGUCUUCAAAGAGACCGACGAGGGAGGAAAGGGAUUGGGAAAAGGAGGAGCCAAGCGCCAUCGUAAAGUUCUUCGUGAUAACAUCCAGGGAAUUACCAAACCAGCCAUCCGUCGUCUCGCUCGUCGAGGUGGUGUCAAACGUAUUUCUGGUUUGAUCUACGAAGAAACUCGUGGUGUCCUCAAGGUAUUCCUUGAGAACGUCAUCCGUGAUGCAGUCACCUACACUGAACACGCCAAAAGGAAGACCGUCACAGCGAUGGAUGUUGUCUAUGCCCUGAAACGUCAAGGUCGCACUCUCUACGGAUUCGGAGGGCCUUUUGGUUAUGAUCACGGUGUAAUUGAAUUAGUACAUUCAAUUCACUUCUUCUGCGCUGGUUUCCUAGUCGUUGCUUUGGCCUUGGGCGAGACAGUCUUCUUCGGUUUAGGUGCCUUAGGUUUAGCUGUUGGUACUUUCGUAGCUUUCUUAGCUUUCGGACUUUUAGGCUUGGCUGCGGCCUUCACCACCUUGGGUUUAGCAGCUGGUUUCUUCACAGCAGGUUUCUUCGGAGAAGCUGCUUUCUUCGCCUUGGGUUUUGCUGCUUCGGUCUUCUUCACAGGCUUCUUGACAGCAACCUUUGUCGACGAUCCCUCCUUCUUGGCAGCCUUGGGUUUAGCCUUUGGCUUUGAAGCGUCAGUCUUCUUCGCAGCAAGCUUGAACGAUCCAGAUGCACCAUUUCCUUUAGUUUGCACCAAAGUUCCAGCAGUGACUGCUGACUUCAGGUACUUCUUGAUGAAGACAAGAGUUUUGACAGCUGUAUUGACCAUAUCAGCCGUACUAGGAUGCGUUGGUUUAGGCUUUGGAUUUUUAGCCUUCGCUGCUUUCUUCACAGCUUCAGCCUUAGGAGCUGGAGAUGCCGUUGAUGCAGCAACUGUUCGUAAACACUGCCAUUUGACGAAAAUGCCACCCAAGGCUAGCGGUAAAGCUGUGAAGAAGGCUGGUAAAGCCCAGAAGAAUAUUACCAAGACCGACAAGAAGAAGAAGCGUAAGAGGAAGGAGAGCUACGCAAUCUAUAUCUACAAGGUCUUGAAACAAGUUCAUCCGGAUACGGGAGUUUCGAGCAAGGCCAUGAGCAUCAUGAAUUCCUUCGUCAACGAUAUCUUCGAACGAAUUGCAGCUGAAGCAUCGAGAUUAGCGCAUUACAACAAGAGAUCAACCAUUACGUCUCGGGAAAUUCAGACAGCUGUUCGUCUUCUCCUCCCUGGGGAGUUGGCCAAGCACGCCGUCUCUGAAGGCACCAAGGCUGUCACCAAAUACACCAGCUCAAAGUACACUUUAACCUCCGAAUCCGUAGAGAGUGCGACCUUGACGUUUCAAUGCGUAGACAACGUCCAUAGCUGUGACAGUCUUCCUUUUGGCGUGUUCGGUGUAGGUGACUGCAUCACGGAUGACGUUCUCAAGGAAUACCUUGAGGACACCACGAGUUUCUUCGUAGAUCAAACCAGAAAUACGUUUGACACCACCUCGACGAGCGAGACGACGGAUGGCUGGUUUGAGGCCUGGUUGAGUCAUCCCCCACCAUGGGAGAAUCCACCAAUGACUAAGCAGCAGAUCAUUUUUCCCCCGCUCCGCUCAUUUCCACCAAUCAGAGAAAUCCCUCUGUUAUAUAACACGGGUCAUUCCAUGAGGAAUAUCAUUCCUUCUCUUCGUACUCUCAACGUACAAUCUAGCAGGGACUUUGACGCGAUGGCCCGUACCAAGCAAACGGCUCGUAAAUCGACUGGAGGAAAGGCUCCGAGGAAGCAGCUGGCGACCAAGGCCGCUCGUAAGAGUGCCCCAGCAACUGGAGGAGUUAAGAAGCCCCAUCGUUAUAGGCCAGGAACUGUAGCUCUUCGUGAGAUUCGUCGUUACCAGAAGAGCACUGAGCUUCUCAUCCGUAAACUGCCCUUCCAACGACUUGUUCGUGAGAUCGCCCAGGACUUCAAGACCGACUUGAGAUUCCAGAGCUCAGCUGUGAUGGCUCUUCAGGAAGCCAGCGAGGCCUACCUCGUCGGUCUUUUUGAAGACACCAACCUCUGCGCCAUUCACGCCAAAAGAGUCACCAUCAUGCCCAAGGACAUCCAGUUGGCUCGUCGAAUCCGUGGAGAAAGAGCUUAAUUGACUGACUUCUCGUAUGAAUCAUUGAACCGGAAAAUACGGUUCACUGCUUGGAAAAUGGUCUCUUUGGACUGCAGUCUCC